AUGCUCAACGGCUACGAGUGCGACCCUGACGACAAGAUGAGGCCCCCAUCAAUGGACAUUGACGAGAAAAGCACCGCCUUUUCUCAAGCUCAGAUCUCAACACCUCCGGCACCAACGAGGAGACACACAAUCAACACCAUGAUGACUACCACGAUCAUUCCAGAACCCACACCGCCGGUCGCGGACGCUCAACGGCGAUUCUCUUGGCUGCCGAGAUCCGCCACACCAUCCCUGCGUAGCCCCACAUUCCGCCGUCGAACGGCGAGCCCGUUUGAUGACGACGAUUACUCAUAUGCUGAGAGCAACCCGUUUGGAGAAGACUUCAGAGAGCAAAAUGAGCAGGCUGCGCGAGAUUGGGAUCGUGAGCAUGGUCACGAUCACGGAGAAAAUCCCUUUGAGGACUGCGAGUACGAGCUGCCGCCUGCAUCGGCGAAGAAGGAUGGGACUUGGACCAAGUUCAAGAAGGCUAUGAGUCCACGGCGCGCCAUCAGUAAGUGGAAGUAUCGCAAGGUCAAACAUGAGAGCAUGCGACCUGGGCCUGAUGAUCCAGACCACGGAGAUGGCAGCCAUCAUCAGGGGCAAGUCUCUUGA